CGGAAAUCGGGUCAUCACUGUUUGGAUUGCAUGCGCUCUUGAAAGCUCCGUACGAUAGAGGGGAUGUGUAGAGCUGCAAUGCCAUCUCGGGAAUAAGUCGAUCUAGUGGUCAGUUUGGAGUACAAGUGACCAUUCGGACGUUCAAUACCUUUAAAAAGAUGUGAUGGAAUAUUGUGUGUGAAAGCUGAGGAGCUUGGAUCAGAAUGGGUCAUCUCUGGACCCGUCUCUUCAGGCAUCGGGAUGUACGCAUUCUCCUGCUAGGGCUUGACUGUGCAGGUAAAACCACAAUCCUGUACAAGCUGAAGCUGGAUGAGCUGGUGACGACCAUUCCUACAAUAGGUUUCAAUGUGGAGACAAUACAGUACCGGGACAUCAACUUCACCGCCUGGGAUAUCGGCAGCAGAGACAAAAUCCGUCCAUUGUUUCGCCACUAUUACAAGGGCACCGAUGCUGUGGUGUUUGUGAUAGACAGCCAUGACCGGGAACGUCUGGACGAACUCAACUAUGAUGUCAUCAAGCCAGCCAUAGCGGCAGACGAACUUUCCAACGCGGUGUUCUUGUUUCUGGCCAACAAGAUGGACUUGGAGAACACCAUGUCAGUCGAUGAAAUAUCAGACAAACUUGGACUAAAAAAUCUUCGACAUCCUUGGAACAUAAUGCCAGUGAGUGCAGUGAAAGGUGACGGUUUGUACCCGGCCUUGGAUUGGCUGGCAUGUAAACUAGGCUCUGCCCAGGCCCGUAAAGCUCUGGCCACGCCCAUGCCUCCGCCCGAGGUCGCCACCCCCGAGGGCACGGAAACUCUAGAGCAUGGGAUGGACUACUGUUCACGGGCGUACAGUGCUAUUAAGUGCCUAUUUCUAAGGACAAAUCGGGCUGAGGGGGGUCGGGAGUCACCGUGACAGAGUCAGAGAACCCUUGUGGGUGAGUCUCUGUAAGACAAUGGGGGCUGUGAUGCCUUCACUACUUUCAGCCCUGGAGAGUCUGUGUGCAGCAGACCUACUGACAUUGUACAGUUUUGUGUGCAUCUCAUGAACAGUGUGUCUUUUCACAGACUUCGAGGCAAGGAGGAUUGUAAAAACCUUUCACAGAAUUGGUCAUGGAUAUAACAAUUGAUCAAAGAUUAUUGGGAUUGUCUGUUGGAGCGUCUAGUUAUCCAAUUAACUCUACACCCAUCUAAACAUGCAUUUCUCGAAACCAGGUCCUGUUCCACAAAGUGAUCGUGAUUCUGCGACUGUCAUAAGUCAGGUUAAAGUUUUGGAAUUACAAUCAUCUUAGCGCAAAGAUCGCUUUCUGGAAUGGGCCCAGGGCUCCCUUGCUCAAUGUUAUGCCUUACCACAGAUAUAGGAUAGUCUUUGCUUGUGCUCAUUGCUCUGACCUGGUAGGCAGGUCCAGACAGAGCCUAGUUCUGACCCUUCUCCUGGCCUAAAUCAUAAUGCAUUUUAGACAGAGAGCAUGCAAUGUUUAUCUAUUUUCUAUAAUAUCCGUAUAUUGGACAAUAUUCGCAAUACUUUGGACGAUGGCUCAUCAGUGAGUGAACACACUGACGCCAACAGAAUGAAACCGAUCUGGGUGUGGAUGAUUGGGAACAAAGGAAUAUACUGACCAACAAAAGAAACACAACACUCACUACUACAAGAAAAUUCCAUAUGAACCGGAUUGACCAGCACAUGACGAUGUUUUUAACUGAACAUGUUAACAUGGUGUGUAUUUUCUUCAGCAAACUGGACCGGGUUGGUAGCCUCGUGGUUAAAGUGUUUGCUCAUCAUGCCAAUAGGAAGGGUUCGAUUCCCCACAUCAGUACAAUGUGUGAUGUCCAUUUCUGGUGUCCUCGCCAUGAUAUUGCUGAAAUAUUGUUGGAAUAUUGUUAAAUGUGGCAUAAAAGAGUGCUCACUUCCUCUCCAACAAAAAGAUAAUCCUAGCAGCCUGUGGUGUGGUGUUGUACACCUUGGCUGUAGCAGGAUCUGCUGAUCUUUGCUUAGUGAACUAUGUUUGUUGUUUCCCAAAGUUUAAAACAUCUUAACGAAAAAUCCUCCCUUUCCUCCCACAUCAAACCGACAUACAGUGCUACAAUGGUUUGUAAGGCACUACUCAGUGUGGCACAACCCACAAAUGAAGGUAAUUUUUUCACACAAAAUUGUCUUUCAUUAAUAUGCCUCAAAUACCAAACUGAUCAUUUGAAAUUAACAAAUUUUAUUAUAAAUAAUUUGAAUAUUUAAAAUGUAUCACAGCACAGAGAGCAUGGCAGACAUAACCAGUGCUGCUCUGUCAGAAAUGUACGACCGAGGGGUGAAGGUCAAGCAGUUUUUCGGCCACUGGGACGUUUGACCUUUAAGAAAAUUGUGCUUUCCUUUUCUGUUCCAGUGUACGAUAUUCCAUGCAGACUCUAUAUUUGUAAAUCUGACUGCAUGACAAACAAAUUCAGUUUAAACUGAAAAGAGUAUAUAUGUAUAUACUUCCUUAAUUUACUGUUCAUACCGAUAGCUGAAAUAUUGUUCAAAGUGACUUGAAACCAACUCUCACAAAGCCUGAACCACAGUGCUGAUAUUUUAUGAAUGCUUCAUUCAGAUAUUUUAUGAGCGCUUCAUUAAGAUAUUUUAUGAGCGCUUCAUAAAGAUAUUUUAUGAGCGCUUCAGUCAGAAUGUAUAUUUGCUACAGGUGUGUUACCAUCUGAAGAUGUCUUUGAUAUUCUGAUGAGGCACAUGAUUGCAGUCAUCAGUGGUGCUACAUCUGCAGCGAAGUUACGAUGCCUUGUCAUAUGUGAUACAGAUUUAUUUAACACAAUGUAUGAACAAUAAUCUGUGUGACUCUUCUGACGUAUAUUUCAUGCCGUGUCUAAUUCAAAUGUUACAAAUGUUUUAUUUGGGAUAACACUUUCUUAGGAAAGUAGAAAGAUUCUAGCAUUUUUGUGACAUCAACAUUAGAAAAAUAAAAUAAAUCAAACCUACAAAUUGAUCCCUUUUACAUUUUGUUGUAUGAAGGUCAAAGUUUAAAGGUCAAUGAUAAAGAGUCCCUUUACUCAAGGUCAUUGUACCGAUUGACUUCAUUAACAAUGAUAGAUCAUCGGAAUGUUCACCUUGCAUGUGAUUAUUAUUAUUAUUAUUAUUAUUAUUAUUAUUAUUAUUAUUAUUAUUUCACUUUCCAUGUAAAUCAGAAUGUAGUCUACAUAGUUUUAAUAAACAUUUUUCAUUUAUCAUGACUACGUGAUCACUGUUGCUGUUGGCAAAUGCUACUUAAAAUGUAAAAACACUUUUAGAGCCAGAUCUGGUUUUUUUCUUGCUGUAAGAAAUUCGCUUCAAAUUAUUAUCCUUAUGUACUUCAUCUGUUAACUCACAUUAAGUUAACCCUCCCAACAAAUUUGUUUUUGAAUGUUUGUGUAAAACAAAAUGUGAAGAAUUGGACUGGCCUUAUAAAAACCUUUUGCAGUAGAACAUUGUUUAGAUGUAUAUUUUUUCAUAUCUUCAAGCUUUAAAUCACUGUCACCAUUGUAAAUGCCAUUGUAAAUUAUUUCUUAUUUUGUACCUUGUUUAUCAAAUUUAUAUUGAUAAUUAUGAGUUUUAGGUUAGUUCAAACCUUAAUAUGUAUAGCCAACCUUUUUUCUGAAGUUUAUAAUUUUAUAGAUUUUUAUGAGACAGGUUAUCAAUAGUAUUUUACAAUUUGAUGCCUCUUGGUGCUUAUAUUUACAUAUUUGCAAGUUGUGUAACUAGUGGAUUGAAAUUGUGUUUACCUGUCAAAGUUUGUCAGUUAUUGUUUAGCAGGAGUUGGAAAAAAUGCGUAUGUAAUGUUUUAAAAAUGUAAACUGUCUUUGGUAUUCACAAAUGUAACUUGAUGCAAAUCCAGCUUUUUGUUUAUUUUCUACAUAAACACAAUUCCCAGACUUAUGUUGAUCUCAGAUGUUUGGUUCCGCUAAUUCCAUGUUUACAUAUUAAUCAAUUUUGAAACAUUUAUGAGAAAACAACAUUGACAACACCAGUCAGAUGAAUAUAUACAAAAUGCCAGUCAUCCUCGGUCAUUCAGGGUACUGUAUCUCCAUCCUUUAAUGAUGAAUGCCCUGGACCCAUUGCUGCAUUUGAAAUGACACCUCCCUACAAUGAUCUCUCUACUCAGUACCUUCCUCAUAAGUUUAUUUGCAUAUACACAUACCACCUACGACUCGACCUUCGUUAAACCGCUGAUCAUCUAUAACGCUUAUCAAUUGUUUGGACCCCGAAGGUAGCGUUGUAACGAGGGAUCACUGUAUUUAAUAUUCUACAUACAGUCAAGUCCCGUUAAUACAACAUGGUUGUUCGCAUAUGAUUAUGUCUGCUUAAUGAGUAUCAGAUAAAUGAAAUUAACCUUAUCAACGUUCGUGAUACAAAAUCUAACAACUACAUGAUAGAUAAUGAUACAAACAUGUUGUGAUAAAAAAAUGAAAAUGAAAUAUUCAUAUUGUUUUGUUACAUUGUUACGAUUGUUUUUAGAUUGAGGUAAUCUAAGCAUGUGAUUUCUUAAAAUCCUGUUUUGUUUAUUUAAAGUAUUAAUUGUUUAUUGUUAAACAAGUUUAUGUCUGCAGCGAUUGUUAUAUGCAGCUACUAGCUGACUCGUCUCGCAUCCAAGAUUUCGGGGUAGAAUAGGUCUUCAGCAACCCAUGCUUGCCGUAAAAGGCGACUAUGCUCGUCGUAAAAGGCGACUCACGGGAUCGGGUGGUCAGGCUCGCUGACUUGGUUGA